AGAGGAUGUCCCAAGCUGACGUCUCUUACAGGAUCAUUUCUUGCAGUUGUGGGUCUUGUGGAUACCCUUUGAACUUGACAUCUUCUAACCGAAUCACCUCUGGCAUGGGCUCUGAAUAUCACAAAUCCAUAAAGAAAGGCUAUGGUUAUGGAGAUGCACCUGCUCUUUGUGGUUUUGACUCCCCAAACUCAUCUAGUGCUGCUUAUAAAAAGUUUGCUAUAAAGAUCCGAGCUCUACAGCCUUCAGAAGAGUGCUAACAAGGUUGACAUGGAAGAGACAUUAAUGGAUGGUGCUACCUCCAUCAUGCACCUACCUGAUGAUUGCCUCUCUUUUAUUUUCAAUUAUCUUGACUGUAGGUCUGACCGUGAAUCAUUUGGGCUAACUUGCCAACGCUGGCUUAAUAUUCAAAACUUGAAUCGUCGAUCCUUACAAUUUCCAUGUUCUUUCAGUAUUAUUGGCCCUUCCUCGUUAUCUGGGAGCAGUAUUGACAUCAAUUCCUUCCAUCUCUACAGGAUUCUCACCCGUUUUCAGCAUUUAGAGUAUUUAUCUCUUUCUGGUUGCAUAGAGCUACCUGAUUCAGGCCUAACCUACUUGAAAUACUAUGGUUCAAGAUUGCAAACUCUAUGUCUGGAUUGUUGUUUUGGAAUCACCGAUUAUGGGCUUUCCCUGGUUGGUAUUGGCUGUCCCUCCUUGACUAUCAUUAGUCUUUAUCGAUGCAACAUUACUGAUGCUGCUCUAGAAGCUUUAGCUAGUACUUGUUUGGCUUUGAAGCACAUGAAUCUUGCUUAUUGCCCACGCAUUUCAGAUUCUGGGUUAAGAGCUCUUUUGCAAGGAUGCUGUCAGCUCAGUGCAAUUAAGAUAUCGAAUUGCAGGGGUGUAAGUGGUGUUGGCUUUAGGGGUUGUUCAUCAACUCUGGUUUACGUAGAUGCUGAAUUUUGUAAUCUUGAACCAGAAGGAAUAAUGGGGAUUGUCAGUGGAGGUGGGCUUAAGUUUUUAAACAUUGCUGGUUUGAGUUCAUUGAGCCUCAAAGAUGAAUUGGCAGUAAUUGGGAAUGGAUUUGCGGCAGGGCUUAAAAUCCUUAGCCUUCGAAUGUGUAGAACUGUUAGUGAUGCUUCUAUUGUUGCAAUAGCAAAGGGGUGUCCACUACUUACAGAGUGGAACCUGGCAUUGUGUCAUGGGGUUAGGUUUUCAGGCUGGGCUUCCAUUGGGUUAAAUUGCCACAAUUUAGAGAAACUUCACGUGAACCGCUGCCGAAAUUUAUGUGAUCGAGGGUUACAGGCUUUGCGAGAUGGCUGCGAACGGCUUUCUGUUUUGUACAUGAAUCGAAAUAGUAGGAUAUCAGAUAUAGCAGUGGAGUUGUUUAAAUUUUAUAGGGGCGAUGUUGAGAUCAAGGGAGAAGAAGUGAUGUCUAUAGGGCCUCAUUGGGACUGCCUAAAAUAUGAUGAGUAAGAGAUUAACUAUCUUUUAUGGCAUGAAAAGCUAUUGAUGCUACAUGUGUACCAGUCAAGUUGUUGCAAUUUCUGUCUUGAUUGAUAAGGUCACCUCUAACAUAAGUUAGUUAGUUGCAUUGAUAGAUAUAUUUGAUUAUUUGAACGCAAUGAACUUAAAAUGAUGUAAGGUUUUCAUACAGCAUGAGAUUUUUCUUAACCUUUAUUAUUAUUAUUAUUUUUUGAA